AUGCUCCGCGGUGCCAGGGACCGAUCGCGCGUCCGCACCCGCCGCCGCCUUCCGCAGCCCCCAGUCCAGUCGCCCCGGGAUUUCCGCACCCGGUCCCCUGACCACGGGGACGUCACAGAGACGGCGACAUCACAGGCGCCAACGCCCUUGACAUGUCCACCGCCCCCUCUCACUGCCCUCAGCCCAAGAGCGCACUGGAGGCGGAGGGGCAGCGUUCACCAGCGGUCUCCCCGCCUCCCGGACAGUCUCCAUCCAAGCCUCCAUCGGCAUGGGGAUGACAGGACUAACUACUCCAGAUACCAGUUUGAGUCCAAAAUGCCACCAGAGGAGGAGGAGGUGGAGCAGGAAGAAGAGCCACUAGAGCAAGCGGAGGAAUCGUCCCCCUCCGACCCAGACCAAGACUCGGACGUGGACACAGAACUGGAGGCAAGCCUAGAGUUCAACCCAGAGGACACGGUGCCCCCGCCUCAGCCCAAGCCCUUGCAAGACACGGAAGCAGACCUGAAGCGGGAGACCAGCUUGACCUCCUUCAAGAAAAGCCCUGAGCCACAGUGUUGCCACGGACAGCCCCUCGAUGUGGAGCAGGCGCGGGCACCCGACAGCAGCCAUCGGUCCAUCCAUGUGCAGACCUCCAAGCACCUCUUCUGGGCAGAAAAACACAUCCAGGCCUCGGAGCACAGCAUAGAGCAGGCCCGAGGCGCAGAGCCCGGCUGGAGCAUCACACCCCUGCUGCCCCCCAGCCACACGGACCAGAAGCCCGCUCUCGAAGAUACACUGAACUCCAAGGAGCUGUCCCCGAGCCCGGAGGACCAGUCCCCGAGCCCCGAGGACCAGUGUGAUGUUUUAUCCGUAAGCACCCAGUCGCUGCCGCUGUCGCCAAGCCCCUCCCUGUCCUCUUCCAAGUUGCCCUCGCCCAUCGGUCUGUCGGAUGUCGUCAACUUUGCAUCUUCCCUGGUCAUGGCCUCCAACAGCAAGGAGCUGCCCACCUUAGUCAAAGCUGCUUCUCCCAAGGCACUGGAACCUUCUGUAACACCCCCCAACGAGCCUGCUGCCCAGCCCUCUGAGGAAGAGCCGGAGCCGAAAAGGCCCCCCCAGGAGCCACCAAAGAAACCACUGGAAGCUGGUGAGCCGCAAAAACUGUGGCAUGAGGAACACAGGAGCUUCCCUGGAGCCUGCCUGGGUUUCAACAAGCCCGGUGUCAAAAAGGCCACCAUUGAAGGGGAAGUCCGCUUCCUCCAGGACCCCCAGCCUCAGGGAGACAAGCCAGAGCAGCAGUGGACAGAAGACCAGGAGAACCCCGUCGGCUCCGAGGCAUUGCAGGUGACAGGGCUAGGAGGACAGAGGCCCCUCAUCCUGGGGGGACACUGCCCUAGCCCUACCCCCAGAGUCCCCUGGGGUUGA